AUGGACGUGGUGUCCCAAGGGGCUGAAGCUGUAGUAUUUGUUACUACCAGCCAUCCUUAUUGUUCCCAACCAGCGGUGGAAAAUGAUAAAUAUAUCAUCAAAUAUCGACCUUCAAAGAAAUAUAGACAUCCUAAGAUAGAUGCCCAGAUCACUAAGAAUAGAACUGUUGGAGAGGUUAGGUUUAUGAACAAGUUGGAGAAAUUGGGGAUAAAUUCUCCUUCAGUUAUACUGGCAGAUUAUGUUAAUGGGAUCAUUUGGAUGGAAUUCAUUGGUGAUGGGUUACCUAAUGGAGAUAUUUCAUCAGUAAAGAAUUAUCUUUGGUACUUAGAGAAGAAUGAUGAUGAUGAUGGAUGUGUUAGUGAUGAAGUACAACUGAUGUUGGUUGCUGUGGGUCGGUUGAUAGGGGAAUUACAUGCUAAUGAUAUGAUUCAUGGAGAUUUAACUUCUUCGAAUAUUCUCUUGAAUGGUAAAGAACCUUAUUUGAUAGAUUUUGGACUCAGUUCGAUCUCUUCUUUGGCUGAAGAUAAGGCUGUGGAUAUUUAUGUACUUGAAAGAGCCAUUGAAUCCACUCAUUCGGUAUUUGCUGACAGUUAUAAUAAAUGGUUACUCAAGGGAUACGUCCAGGGAAAUAAGAAAUCCAAGGAAGUAUUGGCGAGAUUAGAGGAGGUGAGACUUAGGGGAAGAAAGAGAAGUAUGUUGGGAUAG